AUGACUAAGAGACCUUUUAAGGUCAAGGGUAAUAGGGCCAAGGAAGUACUUGAGCUCGUUCAUUCUGAUGUGUGUGGUCCAAUGACUACUCAAGCUAAAGGCGGCUUUCAGUAUUUCAUCACCUUCAUUGAUGACUACUCGAAAGUUGGAUAUGCCUAUUUGAUGCGUCACAAGUCAGAAUCUUUUGAAAAAUUCCAAGAAUUCAGGGCACUUGUGGAGACGCGACAUGGGUAUCCCAGUGGAACGAAAGGCUAUGAAUUCUAUAGUCUACGAGAUAAGAAGGUAUUUGUUAGCACAAAUGCUAAGUUCUUAGAAGAAGACUACGUGAUGAAUCAUAAGUCCAGCAGUGAAGUAGCUCUUGAGGAACUAAGAGAUACUUCAGUUUCCACAAGCAAAGAACCAAUAACACAAGUGCAAUCUAUACCUGAAAUAUCAACUUCUGUACCACAAAUUGUAGAGCCUCGUCGUAGUGGGAGGGUUCCUCGUGAACCAGAAAGGUACAUUGGUUUGGGUGAGUCAUCUGAGUUAGACCCAGACGGCAAUGUAUCAGACCCAUGGAACUUUAAAUAG